GAGAGCAAACACUGCAGCAUUAAGAUGUGGCGAGAUGCGCCGCUUAACGGGGACGGAUAGGCUGCUUCGCUUUCGACGCCGCCGACACUGACGCUGUUUCGUCAAUCGUAGGAGAUCUCUGCCAAACAUAUCAGGCAUCCCCGACUCGCCUACAUACACGCCUGUAUACAGUCGAGGAAUGCUAGUCCUGAUUUAUCGGACUGUGCACGAGCGUCCUCGCACCUCGCCAUCCACCCGGCUUGGAGAGGAGCAGAUUGCUACAAGGUUCGGCGUGGAGACAGGUGCUGCGACCAACGGCAGAAGACCGGACCGUGCGCCCACGCCAAUAUCGCGAGUCCUGACGCCGCGGGUCCUGCGCCAUGGCCACGCAGCGCAUCCUCUUCAUUACCCACUGCGAGCAGGGGCAGAGCAACGUCCACCUGGCGACCGCCUUCGAGAUCCACGCUCGGGCGGUUCCAGGUGUGGAGGUGCAUCUGGCGUCCUUUGCGCCGUUGGGCAAGCGGUUCGAGCGGAUGCGUGGGGAGGGGAUUCUGCUGGAGAGCGGCGAGAAGCUGCUGCCGCAGUUCCACACCAUCGACGGGCUCACGCACUUCGAUGGAAUCGACCGGCUGGGGACGAUGAGGCACAAACCGAACUUUGAAGUGUGGCCGAAGUUUGCGAACCUGAUGGUGCCGUGGACGCCCGAUGAGUAUAUUACCAUCGUUGACAGCAUCGUCGCGAAUAUCGAGAAUGUUGACCCACACCUCAUCAUCGUGGACACUCUCUUCGGCCAGGCCGUCGACGCAUGCAACCUCGUCGGUCGACCGUACAAUGUACUUUCGCCUCUCCUCGCGUCCAUGGUCUGCUUGCAGAACCAGUCCUUCGCCGCUCUCCGCUAUCCUCUACCAGGCACUGGCCUCCCAUACCCCCUCCCUCUCACCUCCAUCCCACUCAACCUUCUCCACAUCGCUUCCAUGGUCUACUACGGCGUGCGAAGCACGCAACUACGCGGCGUCAAUGCAGCGCGCGCCCGGCGCGGGAUUCCGGGUGCCUACCAGGGCCUGGAGUGCCUGCGCGUCGAACCCGGACGCGGGUACAUCACCCCUGGCGUGCGCGAGGUCGACCUGCCCUUCGAAAGGCCGGACAACCUCUACCUCUGCGGGUCCAUCUCCAAUGACUUCAAGUCGCUCGACGAGAGCGACCCGGAGCUUGCGGCGUGGCUCGACCGCGCGCCUACGGUCAUGAUGAUCAUGGGCACGCACUUCGACUUCGACGCGCCGCUUGCUCGGCGCGUGCUCAAUGGGCUGCUCGACGGCGUCGACCCGGACACGCAGAUCCUCUGGAAGGUGCCCAAUCGCAAGGAGCUGGACCUCGUGUUCGACGAGCUCUUGACCUCCGCGCACGACCGCGACCGCGUGCGCGCCGUGACCUGGUUCGACGCCGAGCCCGCCGCGAUCCUCGAGCACGAGAACAUCGUCGCCUACGUGCACCACGGCGGCGCGAACUCAUACUUCGAGUGCGCGCGCGCGGGCAAGCCGCACGUCGUGCUCGCGCAGUGGGCGGAUACGUACUAUAACGCGGUCGCGGUGGAGUACGCGGGCCUAGGGGUGUAUGGGAACAAGACGUGCGCGCCGGACGUGGAUGCGAAGGAGCUGAGUGUGGCGGUGGCGAGGGUGACCUCGGGCGAGGAGGGUGCGGGAUUCCGGGAGAGGGCACGAGUAGCGGGGGUGAAGUGCCGUGACGCUGGUGGACGGAAGACUGCAGCGGACGUCGUCCUAUCCCUGUUGGUUAAGAAAAAGGAAUGAUAGGUGUUCGCCUUAUUCGCGACCCUGUUCACUCCAGCGUCAUAUACAUAGACUAGACGAUAUCUUGUAAUUGAAAUGUACACGAGCAGCGACGUG